GAGGCACUAAUUACACAGCUAAAAGUUCAGCAAAAGACAAUACACCAAGCCAGAAAACUAAAAAACAACCUUGCCCACCAAACAUACUAAAAAAACAUACUGACCCAGUUCUACUUCACAAUAUAUGCAAAGCAGAUGAAGUCAUUACAGAACCAGAACUAAUACGAAAAGAAGUACAAAUGCAUUAUAAAAACUGGACAAAGCCUAACCCUCCAGACUGGAACCACUAG